AUGAGUGAUAGUUAUGAAGAAUUAAGCGAAAAAAAAAAAGUGAUGGGGAAAGGAAGCGAAAAUUCAUGUUUGGAAAAAAAAGAGAAAUACGAAAAGGAAGAAAAUUAUGUUUUUAUUGAUGAAAAGUAUAAAGAAUAUUUUGAUAAUAUAAGUGAUUUAUUUGAAGACAAAAUUGAUUAUAUAUUGAAAAAACAUUUUAAAAAAAAUGAUCCAACAAAUAAAAAUAAAUUAUUAUGUUUAAAUAUGUGUGUAUUAUGGCAAAAAAAAUUCUUGUACCUUUUAAGUAAGAGCUUGAAUGAAUAUGAGGAAUAUAAAAAAUUGCACGAUUUAAAAAAUGAUCAGGAUAUGAAAAAAAUAGAUGACAAGAAAAAAGAAAAAGAUGAUGAGAAAGAAAAACAAAUAAUAAAUAAUAAUGAUAACAAUAGUACAUCGACAACUACAAUAAUAAGCACAAACAAUAAUAAUAAUAAUAAUAAUAAUAAUAAUAUUAAUGGUAAUGAUAAAAAUAUUAAUAUGACAGAAAAGGUUGAUGAAGGGAUAAAUAUAUCUAAAGACGAUUUAGAAAAAGAUCUCAAAAGUUUUAUUAAAAAUGUUAAAGUUGUGGACAAUAAAAAUAUCGAAGUUAUUUAUAAUAAAAAUUAUGUUAAAGAUGAUAAUAGGCCAUCAGCAAAAUUAUCAACGGAUGAAAUUUAUUAUUUAUUAGUAGAAUCCAAAAAAAGCGAAAAUGAAUAUAAAAAGAAAAUUUUCACAUUCUUAAAAUAUUUGCCAUUAUUUAUUCAAUCUAUUGAAUCUAAAAGUUUAAGGGAAAAAAAUAUAUUAGAGCAGAAGUUGUUGUUAAAUGGGGAAGACAAUAUAAAUGAUAUGAAUAAUAUGAAUAAUGUGAAUAAUGUGAAUAAUAUGAAUAAUAUGAAUAAUAUGAAUAAUAUAAAUAAUAUGAAUAAUAUGAAUAAUAUUAAUGAUAUGAAUAAUGUGAAUAAUAUGAACAAUAUUAAUCAGAUAAAUAAUGUGAACAAUAUUAAUCAGAUAAAUAAUUCGAACAAUAUUAAUCAGAUAAAUAAUUCAAACAAUAUUAAUCAGAUAAAUAAUUCAAACAAUAUUAAUCAGAUAAAUAAUUCAAACAAUAUUAAUCAGAUAAAUAAUUCAAACAAUAUUAAUCAGAUAAAUAAUGCGAACAAUUUUAAUAUGAAUAAUAUGGAGAACCCAUGCGAGGAAAAUAAUUAUAAUCAAAAUAUGUCCUCCUUAGACAUUAAGAACAAAUUAGAUUCUAUCGUCAAUUUUAAUUGUAAUUUGUCAGAAAAUUUAGAAGAUGUUUUUAAAAACAAAAUGGGAAACCUACAAUUUAAAGAUAAAAAUAAAUUUUUUAAUAAUUUCCAAACCGAUUCUAUAGAUAACGAAAUAAAUAAUAUGAAUGAAAAACAAAAUGAUGAUCUUACCAAUCAAACAUACAUACAUAAUAUUAAUAAUUUAGAUAAUGUUUCUAAUCUUUUUGAAAGUAAAAAAAAUAACAAAUCAUUAAUUUUACCAUUAUCGAAAGUUAAUGAUUUGUCUCUAAUAAAUAAUAUAAGUAGAAAGUCAAAUAACGGGGUCAAAGAAGAAACAAAUGUAAAUGAAAAUUCUUUUUAUAUAUAUAAAAAUAAUAUGGAGAAAAUGAAUUUGUACGGAUUAGAUUUAUUAAUUAAUUUAAAUAAUAAUUUGAUAUAUAAAAUAAAUCAUGUAUAUAGCCUAAUACAAUUCUAUACAAUGUUGGCAAAAGAUGUAUUCAACGAAACGUAA